GCUUCCCCCCACCAUGAAUGACUUUAACUCUCUCCAACAUGCUUACUCUGCUUCUGAACUUCUUGAACAGCUCGCUGCGACAAAUGGCUCUGGGCUUAUUCCAACACAGUCUGGCGCCCAGCCGAACUCCGCUUUCCACUUGCAAGCAACACUGAACACGACGAAUGUCCUACAAAUGCAGUUCCAACAGCUCCAGAUGAAGGUGACUGCUUUGGAGAUGGAGAGGGAGACUAUCAAGCUUCUUGGCGGGAAACUUGAGAGUGCCGUCAAGGCUUUAGAAGAUGCGACAGCCACUAUCGACACGACGCUGAAGAGAAUCGACAAGCAGCAAGAUAAGAUGGAUCGACAUCAAGAACGAAUCGUGAACGCACCGGUCGUCUCUUCCAGCAGUGACGCGAACGGCCUCAUCCUACGCGACAACAUCCCUCCUCCAGACUUCGGCUCGGACGAACUUGACGCCAAGGCUCUUAUCCGUCUCCACACCAAGCUUGGCUGGACCGAGACGCUCUACGGUUCCAACAGCACUGCUCCCGAUAUCGAUCCUCAAGACAGGAACACCUCUAUGCGCUACCUACGGAACAAGGACGGUGCGGUCAUAACCGAGACGCGCGUAGGGCAGAUCCGCACCCUUGUCCGCCAGUGCUUCGGAGACCUAGGUGAUCGAGGCAUCAGGGUCCCCAACUACCGCUAUGUCAACCUCACCGUCCUCCGUUUCCUCCAACACGAAGUAUAUGCGCAGUUCCCAGAGGUCAACUACUGCGACAAUCACUGGAAGCUUAUGCGCAUUUAUCAAGCAGUCUAUUCCUCUUGGAAGCAAAACAAUCCGGACCUCGCCACAGUCUCGAAGAGCGCCAUCAUCAAAGCUGAACGUGCUGCUUCUGUUCUUCGUACGCAUACACCCGGCCCCACAGCUCUCUCGUACAAGAAACCCUCCCGAGCGCCCGUCGUCGACUUGUAUUCAUCGCCUGCUACGCCAUCGCCCGCUACGCCAUCACCCGCUACAUUCUCGUCUGUCGUGCCCUCGCCAAACGCGUCAAACGUGCCUUCUCGUGAACUCCAGCGCGCGGUUCUGCUGCCUGCUGCAUCCCUUCGCGAUGCUCCGUCGAAGCGGCCGCUGGAUCCUGGCCCUGCUGAUGCGGAGCAACCGUCCAAGAGAGUCAGAACGGACGAAGAUGAUCGCAUUCAGUACAAGGUCGCUGAUUCUCUUGCGGGCAUCGCGCCUUUGGAUGCAAUCGAGUUUGAAGAAUUUGCGCCGCCGCCUCAAAUCCUCUCUUCUCCGCCUAUCAGUAGUCUCACGAUAACCACCGCCACCGAUUCGACCACUCCCCAUGUUGAGGUGCCCACAUCGGCAGCGCCCUCGACGACAGGCCCGCCGCUCGCCAACGACGCUUCCCGCAGCUGUACGAGGAAGCAGCGCGUCUGGAAUCCCGGCAUGUCGACGACGCCGUUCAAUCUGUAUGCACACGAGUCUCGCGACAAGGACCCGGACGUCGCACAUGGUGUCGUCAAGGCCGCUUGGGAUGCAAUGAAAAGUACCGGCGGUCAGAAGUCAUACGCCGAACGCUGCAAGGUGUUGAAGACUACGUAUGGAAACACGCUUACCGAGUAUCUGGAGGCACGCAAGCAGCCAGCUGGCAGUGGUGAUGCGGCGGCGUGAUAGUGCUCGAGCCGCGUAUAUGCGCGCGUGCUGGGCGGGACUUGGGGGCGGCCGUUCGCAAGGCGCGCAUGGCUACCAGCACAGCGCGGGAGGCAAUGGUGGACGGUGAUAUUCCUGAGUAGAUAGUAGUGUAUCCGUUGCUACUGCAAUCUACCGCAAAAAGGCUGAAUAGGGCGCGAUAGUAUGGGCUAGAAAAGCA